AUGGCUACACAGUCCCCCAAUCAUGGUAGCCGUGGUCGCUUUCGGGAAGUGUUUCCUGAAGUCCACCUUGGAUUUUGGAAGCCCGGCCCCAAGAAUGGGAUCACGGAUGUACCGGGAGUCCUCGCGCACACAGUGACAAUCCACGAGGAAAAUGGUCAAAUCAAUACAGGCGUGACAACAAUUCUUCCACGGCGCGACUGGUUUCACAAAGCUUGCCAUGCAGGGAUGUUCCGUCUCAACGGCUCAGGAGAAAUGACCGGAACCCACUGGAUCGAAGAAACCGGGCUGCUACAUUCGCCAAUUCUCAUUACGAAUAGCUUCGCGGUCGGCCCAUGUUACACCGGCAUAUACAAAUAUGCAAUCAAGCACUACGGGCAAGGGAAGGAGGGUGUCGAUUGGUUUCUCCUCCCUGUUGUCGCGGAAACGUUUGACGGCCAUCUCAAUGACUUGCGACACUUCCCUAUCACUCCCGAACACAUUGUCGAAAGCAUCAGCCAGGCAUCAGAAGACCCAGUACUUGAGGGGAAUGUCGGCGGAGGAACAGCCACCAUGUGCCAAGGGUUCAAAGGGGGCACCGGUACUAGCAGUCGAGUCGUGCCUGCAGAGGAGGACAAAUCUUACACCGUUGCUGCCCUCGUGCAGACCAACUACGGCCGUCUUCAUCAUCUUCGAAUCUCUGGGGUUCCUGUUGGGAGAAUACUCCAACGAAAGGCUGAAGGGGACGCUGCAGCCACAGCCCAUAACGAAGAGUAUGAUGAUGCAAAGGACAGAAAGGAUGGUUCAAUCAUCAUCAUUCUCGCGACUGAUGCGCCUCUUCUCCCUGGCCAACUGCAGAGGCUGGCAAAACGCGCAACAAUUGGUCUAGCGCGUGUGGGAGGAUAUGCGCACAAUCCCUCUGGCGAUCUAUUUCUCGCCUUUUCGACUGCGAAUGAAAUACCCGUCCAGACUGUGACAGGCCAGCACCGAUCGGUUGACCCAUUCAAACCUCGGACCCUGAGCGUGGAUUCAACGGACAACCAAACUAUCAAUGGGCUCUUUGAAGCUGUCGCCGACGCGACCGAGGAGGCAAUCUACAAUGCACUCUGUAUGGCCCAGACAAUGACCGGUAACAUGGGACGUACGGUGGAAGCCAUGCCAUUAGAUGCAGUGAAAGAAAUCGUCGGAAAAUUCAAAGAAGCUGAGGAUUCGUGUUUUUAA